GCGCAGCACAGACACACUAAUGGAUUCUGGACCUCCGCUCGCUCCGUCACUCCUCCUGAGGGUGUUCAUGAUUUCUGCCACAGCAUCAGCAAUCAACCUUGAAGGGGAACUUUUCAAGGAUUUGAUGAAAGGCUACAACAAGAACGUCCGGCCCAUGGACAACAGUGGUGACGUCACUCAGGUCGACAUCAAGAUGACGCUCACCAACCUCAUCUCUCUGAAUGAAAAGGAGGAGGCUCUGACCACAAGCGUCUGGAUAGAAAUGCAAUGGUGCGACUACAGGCUCAGAUGGGACCAACCGCCCAGGUCGGCUCUGUAUGGGAACAUCACCUCUCAGCUGCGGGUCCCCUCCAAGAGCAUCUGGCUGCCCGACGUCAUACUGGAGAACAACGUGGAUGGAAAAUUUGAGGUGGCACUUUACUGCAAUGCACUGGUGUCUCCUAACGGUUGUGUGUACUGGCUGCCUCCUGCCAUCUACCGCAGUGCUUGUGCCAUCACUGUCAACUACUUUCCCUUUGACUGGCAGAACUGCACCAUGGUCUUCCGCUCCCAGACUUACAGUGCCAACGAGAUCAAACUGGUUCUCAAAGAGGAGGAGAACCACACACUGGAAUGGGUGGAUAUUGACCCGCAGGCUUUUACAGAAAAUGGAGAGUGGGCCAUCAAACACAGGCCGGCUAAGAAGGUGAUCAACACUCGGUACACUAAGGACGAGCUGGAACACCAGGAGAUUGUCUUCUUCCUCAUCAUCCAGAGAAAGCCCCUCUUCUACGUCAUCAACAUCAUCGCUCCCUGUGUGCUCUUUUCCUCCCUCGGCCUUCUUGUCUACUUCUUACCUGCCAAAGCUGGUGGUCAGAAGUGCACCAUGUCUAUUGCCACUCUUCUGGGCCAGACUGUGUUCCUCUUCCUUAUCGCCAAGAAGGUUCCAGAGACUUCGAGGGCGGUGCCGCUUAUUGGAAAGUAUUUGAUGUUUGUGAUGUCAGUGACCACCAUGGUGGUGAUGAACUGUGUGAUAGUCCUCAACGUUUCCCUGAGAACCCCAAACACUCACAUAAUGACAGAUAAAGUCCGAAAGAUCCUCCUAAACAUCCUGCCUCGGCUGCUGAGGAUGCAGAUGCGACCCUGGACACCAAACGGGGACACCACAGAGAAUAGAAAUGGAGAAACUCUGGCUCCAGACAGGAACGGUGUGUUUCUGGUCCCCUGCCGACGCCGCAGCUCCAUGACCCUCAUUACCAAGGCAGAGGAAUAUGCAACGAAAACAGCCCGGUCUGAACUCAUGUUUGCCAGACUCAAAGAAAGAAACGGACUAAUUAAAUCAGUAUUAGAGAAGCUAAAUGAUGGGCUGGAGGGGGGUACAGCUGAGCAGCUCAGUGCCAGCCUGGUGAAGGCCUCUCCACAGCUAAAGCAGUGCGUGUCCUCUUGCAAACACAUAGCUGAGACUGCAAGGCAACAGAACAACUUCCAGAAUGAAAAUGAAGAGUGGUUCCUGGUCGCCAGAGUGAUCGACAGGGUCUGCUUUAUUGUCAUGGUGUCUGUGUUUUUUAUCGGCACGAUUGGGAUCUUCCUGAUGGGCCAUUUCAACCAGCCUCCAUCCUCACCUUUCCUUGGGGACCCCAAGAAGUAUCUCCCUCCAAUAAACAAUCUCACUGAUCUAAUUGAGAAUGGGAUCGGAGCAAACGUCUUUGGGUGAAACAGGAGAAAGUCUCCAGAUUUGAUCCCUUUAAUUGAAGUGGAAAUCUGACGGUGCCCAUCAGUGGUCUCCUCAAUGAAGAAGAUGUGGGAUAUGAUGACUACCACAAAGGUUAAGACAAACAAUCUUGUUCAUGGUGAUAAAAAUAAAUUUAAAAAAGAGCAUGUUUUUUUUGCUCUUCCUGUUACCAGCUCAGUG